AUGACUUUGAUUUCAAAGGUCCUAGAUAUUUCUAAGAUAAACACUUCCUUCAAGGACGAAGGUGCCCGAGAUGAGAUACUAUGCGAUGAGCAUCACCCUCUCGAGAAGGGUUACUUCAAGACCAUCAUGCGAGCUUUUAGUAACAGCAUUAAAUUGGGUUUGAGGGGCAAUCUGGGACCCAAAGACACAGGUAUUAUAUUCCAGAGUGAUGAUACGCCACACGAUCUCACACUGGAAGAACUUAAGCGGCAACCGGUCUUCAUAGCCAUUUCCUGGUUUGUGUUAGGUCUCAUUAUCACUUUUUUACUGAUUUGCAUCACGCUUUUGCUGACUUCACGAUAUUCUGACGAGAAGGAAGAUUAUGUUGCAGAAGCAGUGCCAUCAAGAAAUAGCAACGACGAGGAGAUGCAGUUGCCCCCUGUAACAUGGCUAAGUAGUACAUAA